ACAAUUAUAUUAGCACUUCCGCCUUUGACAUCGAUCUACCGGAGGUGUUCAUUUAAGUUAAUCCCAACCAUUAUCUCUUUGUUAUUUCCUAGUUUACUGCAUCGGAUUGCUGGUUAAAUUUUGAACUUGCGAGACGAACUCGUAGCUUUAUCUUUUGAAUGUUGAUUAUGGUGUAAUUUGGAGCACUUUCUUUCUCUCCGACACAACCGCAGCAGGUGAGAGAGAGGGUCCGGCCAUGCUGACGUUGGCGAGUAAGCUGAAGAGGGAUGAUGUGCGGGCCGGUCGGGCCCCCGGGGGCCCCUCAGACUCCAGCCACCGCGUGUCCGUCCGGGAUCGCCUGCUAAUCAAAGAGGUUGCAGAAUUGGAAGCCAAUCUUCCCAGCACCUGCAAAGUCACAUUCCCAGAUGUGAACAAGUUGCACCACUUUCAGCUGACUAUAAGUCCAGACGAAGGCUACUAUCAGAGUGGAAAAUUUCAGUUUGAAAUCGACGUCCCCGACGCCUACAACAUGGUGCCUCCAAAAGUCAAAUGCCUGACCAGAAUAUGGCACCCCAACAUUGCUGAGACGGGUGAGAUCUGCCUGAGUUUAUUGCGCGAGCACUCGAUUGAUGGCACGGGCUGGGCACCAACGCGGACGCUAAAGGAUGUCGUGUGGGGGCUGAACUCUUUGUUUACGGAUUUGCUGAAUUUCGACGACCCAUUGAACAUAGAUGCUGCGGAGCACCACUUGCGGGAUAAGGAGGAUUUUAGAAACAAAGUUCAAGACUUCAUCAAGAACUAUGCGAGAUGAUGAGCGGCGUUGACCUCUUCCUCUUUCUGCCACGCGACGCAGUGCGAUGCCAACCCACUCGUCCCCGGGCACACCUGGCUUUCACCCAGACGGCACCAGUGACACCCCCCCUCCCUCCUUUACCCUCUACCCCCCAUGAAGCAUUAAAAAGACAAUUAGAAGAAAAUAUACAAAAAAAAAGAAGCCACAUUUCGACAACGAAAAAUAAUGCUUAAGCACUUCUCUGUGGACUCUUGUCAUUGAUCCCAGCUGGGCUCUGUAUGAGCCUGGGGUGGGGUCUGGAUGUGUGUGCAAGUGUGUGUAUGUGUGUACUUGUGUGUCCUUGCAUGUCUGUGUGUGUGUGUGUGUGUGUGUGUGUGUGUGUGUGUGUGUGUGUGUGUGUGUGUGUGUGUGUGUGUGUGUGUGUGUGUGUGUGAGUGAGUGAGUGUGUGUGUGUGACUCGAUGAGCAAGCCUGGAUAUGUGAAUCCGAGGAAUGCCCUGAAGUGUGAUUGCUGAGUAGCCAACGGGAGGGAUGUGGAAAGAAAAUAAGAAAACUACAAACAUGGCGGCGAUCGUGACUAAUCAUGGCCGACAGACUGUUUUUGAAAGUCAUCUUCCCCUGUUCUAGUGCCUGCCUUUGUGUUGUUCAUGUUGAUGGACACUUAGCCUAGGUUAAACCAAACAAACCUGCUCCUCCGCAUGCCACAAGCCAACAAAUCCCAGAAUGCACUUGCUACACUUGUUUUGGCCUGCCAAAGGAUAUCCAAUCGCAGGAUCAUUCGCAAAGGUCCCUCUGAAGCCGAUUGGCCGAUGUGAUGAGAAACUGGCCAAUCCGAGUGGGAGGCGGGGCUUCUGCACCAUGUGGCCUAUGGUAGUCAACCAGCGGCGGGAUCUUUGCAGGAAACGGGAGGGCUCUGACGGCAGUUGUAGCCCCUCUGGUUUGUCAUCCAGUGCAACACACGAGAGACUGUUCAACAAGUCAUUUAAACACAUCUUUUAAAAAAAAUAUGCACACAGUGUGGAUGUGUGUAUCAUAAUGUCUCACUGAGUGUGCCUCUGUAUGCGAGAAAAGAGACUGUUUCAGCUUCCUCAAAUCAGAAUGUGGAAUAUGUCACUUCCUCUGUUAUAUGCAUCUUAUU